CAGCUUUUAUUUAUUUACUCCAGCAGUUUCUGACUAGUAGAAGAAAGAAUUUUACGCAAUUUGUUUACAUUGGCUUCAUUAGACAGCUACCUUGUUCUAAAACUGCUGUAGAAAUUUCUAUUUCUACGCAAUUUUUUGAAUGUAGGAUUCCGGGAUUCUGUUAACAAUUUGUAAACAUCAAGAUGAAAAAUUCAGCAGGGAAACACAGUCAGUUUCUUGAAGGAGAAGAAGAUAACAGCAAUGAAACUGUGUUGAUUCAUGUGGUUCCUGAAAAUAAAUCAAGGUGGAAUCAUAUAGAAGACCUGGAUUCAUUUUUUUCACGUGUUUACUUUUAUCAUCAGCAACAUGGAUUUCUCUGUAUGAUGUUACAGGAGUGCUUCGAACUUUUACAGUUUGCAUUCAUAGUGGGGUUUUCUUCGUUUUUGCUGCAAUGUGUGAACUACAAAAUUUUAUUCAGGGAUGAGUUUACAGUCAACAGCACAUCAAAAAUAACUUUAUCAGAUGUGGUUGAAAGCCCAGGGGAAUGUGUGUCUUCUUUCAGUCUAACAAUGUGGAUUUGUAUUUUUAUUGCAUUGUUCUGCUGGAUAUUACGACUUAUUGGUGUUAUCUACCAUUUUUUUCAAUAUUCUGAAAUUCGUUAUUUUUAUCAAUCAGCUCUACAAAUUGGUGACCAAGAUCUCGAAAACUUAACUUGGCACGAAGUUCAACAGAGAGUAAGAAAAGCUCAGCAGGAGUACCAGAUGUGUAUUCAUAAAGCCGAGCUAACGGAACUUGAUAUCUAUCAUCGAAUACUAAGGUUUAAGAAUUACUUUGUCGCAAUGGUCAACAAGUCCAUCCUCCCACUAAAGUUUAAGGCGCCACUUGUUGGAGAAACAUUAUUUCUUAGUCGAGGACUGAAGUAUAAUAUUGAAUUUCUUCUAUUCUGGGGUCCUUGGGCUCCUUUUGACAACAGUUGGCAUUUGCGUGAAGAGUACAAAAGUGUUAACCAGCGAAGAGAGUUGGCCAAAGAUUUAUCAAAAGUAAUUGGAUAUAUAGGCAUCCUUAAUUUCGUGUUGGCUCCGUUGGUAUUGCUAUGGCAACUACUCUAUGCUUUCUUCAAUUACGCCGAAGUUGUGAAAAGAGAGCCCGGAAGCCUUGGCGCUCGCAGGUGGUCACUUUAUGGGAGAUUAUAUUUGCGGCAUUUCAAUGAACUAGAUCACGAGUUACAAGCCCGUCUAAGUAGAGCUUAUCGACCGGCUACUCAUUACCUUUCUGGCUUUUCUUCUAACUUGGUAGCUAUCUUUGCGCGGAAUUUCGCUUUCUUGGCGGGUGCCAUUUUGGCAGUUUUAGUUCUGUUGACUGUUUACGAUGAAGACGUUAUUACGGUGGAGCAUGUGCUCACCAUAAUGACCGUUCUUGGUGCCGUGGUUGCGGGAUGUCGAGUUUUGAUUCCCGAAGAAAAUAUUGUAUGGUGUCCCGAAAGCCUUAUGGAGACUAUUUUAACCCAAGUUCACUACUUACCCGCUGAAUGGAAAGAUAAGGCCCAUACACACGAGGUACGCUUAGGUCUAUCGAGGUUGUUCCAAUACAAAGCUGUGUAUCUUCUUGAGGAGCUCAUAUCUCCCAUAGUUACACCAUUCAUUCUAUAUUUUGGGCUUCGACCUAAAGCCCAGGAGAUAGUCGACUUUUUGCGACAAUUUACGGUAGAGGUUGUUGGGGUCGGCGAUGUUUGUUCAUUUGCUCAAUUGGAUCUACACAAGCAUGGACAGGCAAAGUGGCAUGCUUGUUUAAGUCAGACAUCGGAUGAAAGAAGAAAUUCAUUUCAAGAAUCUCUGCCAGUUGUUGAAAAUGAUAUAGAAGCGGAAGAUGGGAAAAUUGAACUAUCUCUUAUACAUUUCGCCCUGACUAAUCCUGAAUGGCGUCCUCCUGAAGCGGCCGAAGAAUUUUUAACAGCAUUGAGAAGUUUAGUUCAAAAUGAGCUUAUUGAAAAUCCCUUAAUUCAGCGUAGCAUGUUAUCACCAAAUAGAGGCAUUCCUUCAAUUGUACACAGCUUAGCGAGAUCUUGCAGCUUAGUUCCCACUUCGAAUGAAACUUUGCGAUCAAAAAAUUAUUCAUUGAUUGGACGCGGAAUUUCUAAACACGAAGGUCCGUUAGGUUCUCGUGCCAUCAUUGAAAACAGUUCUUACAUCGGAGGUUGUGGUGUCAACGAUGCUUCUUAUUCGGAUUCGGGAUUGGAAGGAUUAGCUGUUGCCGAACCGGUUGCUGCCAAUAUGGCUCUUUCCACUCUAUUGCUUCGAGAUAUCCAGAACCAAUACAGACGAAGUCAACCAGUCCGAAAUACACAACUUGGGGGAAUGCCUGGAAUACGAGAAUCCCCGGAUGAAGAUAUCAAUGCUGACCCUGUUGAAGUUGCGUCAGCAGCUUUCUCUGCUGCAGUAACAAGUCUAUCUUCCCGCAGUCGUACACUGAAUUCGAAAUGAUUGUGCAUUAUAUACUUUGUUCGUUUACAUAAAAUAUUCUUAUCGUUUCA